GAACGGACGUCAAAUCCACUAAUGUUGUUAAUCUAAUAUAUAACUCAUCGACGUCCUCUUGGAGAUGUCGUUCACGGACGGCAGCAGGUUAUUGGUGGACCCCCCCUGGUGGGGGGUCGUACUAGACAUGGAGGACGGUGGAAUUGGGUGGGGGGUGCUGAAGUUGCUAACUGGGGGGGCGCCGUUAUGUGUAGGGGGAGGGGGGCCGUAGUUGACCUGGUGCUGCGGCAUGGCAUAGCCCGGAGGGGGGAGGUGCUGGUGGUAGUAUGGAGAUGGGGCGUACUGGGGUUGCGGGUAAGCCUGGUACAUAUGGUGCUGGGGUUGGUGCAGCACUGGUUGCUGAGGCAUGUACUGGGAGGGCGGCGGUUGGUACGACACUGACGGCAACGACUGCUGAUGCUGCAGCGGCGGCUGUGGCACAUGGGUGGUUUGUUGUAGGGGCUGUUGUUGUGGGGGGGCUUUGGCAUACGCAUUGAGCGACGGAAUCGCAGAGGGGUAUCCAGGGGGCGGUAGCAGACGAGUAAUGGACGGAGCGUUAGUCGCCGACUGCUGGUCCGAGCCACUUGCUUGACCCACAUUGUUGGAUGGGGCGUUUAGGGUUGGGAUGGCCGUCGUCGUGGUAGCUUGGCUGUCGUACGUGGGUUGCUGGCCAUUGUGAAGUUGGUGAGAAGACGUGGAGAUCGAUGGUGGUGGCAGUUGUUGAUGUUGCGAGGGGGUUGCUGCUGCUGAAGGAGGGUACAUGUUGUUGGUUCCAUUCGAGUGUUGUUGUUGCUGUUGCAUGGGUGGAAUAUUCCCCACAUGCACCAUGUGCUGCUGCUGUGAAGGGUGGGCUUGGGUCAUCCAUGGACCAUUGCCAGGAAUCAUCAUGCCACCUGGUUGCUGGUACACGGGGUGGUGUUGCGGAGGUGGCGGCUGGACAUGAUGAUACAUGGGCUGGGCAUAGCCUGGGGGUAAGUUGGUGCGCGGAUCUACGCUGCCCCCCGUCUGUGGUGCGAUCUGGUGGUACACGUACUGCUGGGGAGGGUACUCGCUGUUGUACUGGACUUGUUGGGGGUGGUGCAUUGGAUACGGCACGUAGGUCACCCCACCUGACGGGUAUGGAUGGAUUGGUUGGGACUGCAUGAUUUGAUAUGGUUGUUGGUGUUGGGGGGGUUGAAGUUGAGGCUGAGCGUUGUAUGAACCAGGAGUGGUUGCAUGCUGCAGCCCAUUAUGGGAAACGCUAUGAGGCUGCGAUUGUACGUGUUGCUGCGAAAGUUGUUGCGGUGGCUGGGCAAGUUGCUGCUGGGAAUCCAGGUCGAGUUGUGAAGUGGGCGCCAGGGACUGCCCCGGUGUCGGGUCGUGAUGGUACAGUAGCGGAGGCAUCUGGGGAGCCGGCGACGACGAAUGCGAAGAAGCAUGCGUGGUGACAUGUGUGGCUGCAGACAACGGAUGAAGCGCGCUUGUCAUCGAUGGAAUGUGCUGCUGGGAAGGAUGGAUCGGACCAGGCAACUUGGCAACAGAUGCCGAUGUCGUCGACGUUGGUUUGAUCGACGGGAUGCUCGGGCUACCUUGGGAACUUCGAGGAAGCGGCGACGCGGUGGCAGACGGGGCGGCAGCGGACGCAAGCAAAGCCAUGUUGGAUUGCAUUUGGUCGGACUUGAUGUCCCAGUCCGGUUGCUGUUUCGCGAUCGCAGGACUGUUGUUGUCUUGUUUGGCUUUGAUCGCUCGGGUGGCCGUUGUCUUUUGAAUCUUUGCAAUUGGGACGACUGCAGAGUCUGACGAGUGCUUCGACCCGCUUCGGUUGCUGCUUCUGUCCAAAUCUUGGUUGUUGGUCUCCACCCCUUUUUCAUUGUACGGUUGGAACCGCGCCGUGUUGUUGCGGCUUUGCAUCUCUUCGCGCAAUGCCUUCAGCUUGGCCACGGGAAUGCCCAUGAACACGCCAAAUCCGUAGUACACUUCGUCCGCAGGUGGUUUGGGCGCGUUCACUCCACCGUCGACUGCUAUGUCAUACGCAGAGCUGAGCUUCUCGCGCUCGGAAUUCGGCAUUGCUCGCUCGUUCGCCUGCCGCCGCCCGU